ACCCUUUGGCUUUGACAGCCGCCGCCACAAGUCUUUCCGCCUCCCCAGCCUGCCUGGGAGCUGGGAGCUGGGUUACGGUGGCCUGACCAGCACACGCAGCUGCGGCGCCUGGAGCCCCUGCGCCUUGCCCGGCCGCCCGGCCAGCCAGAGGACCGAGAAGCCCGCGGCCGCCGACCUGCCAUGCCCGCCCCUCCCAGCCGCCCGGGGGGCCCGAGCCGUCCUCUCCCAGACCUCUGCUGAGGCUGGGCGCCACUGGCCAGAUGUAGCCGGCUUCGGAUCCGUCUCCUCCCCUCUCUCUCUGCGGAUUUCUCCUGUCUGAUCCCCACAGCCUGCACCCGGGGGCCGGCGAGGGGCCUGCAGGCUCCGGAGCCCUGAUGCCUCUCAGCCCACUGUCCUGAGCGGCCACCACCGGCUCCCGGAGUUGAGGGCAGCAACAGGGCCGGACGUGGUCCCGGAGUGAGCCCAGAGGACCCCAGAGGCCAGGCCCACCAUGGCCCAAGCGCUGCCCUGGCUCCUGCUGUGGAUGGGCUGGGGAGUGCUGCCCGCCCGCUGCUCCCAGCCCGGCAUCCGGCUGCCCCUUCGAAGCGGGCUGGGGGCGCCCCCCCUUGGGCUGCGGCUGCCCCGGGAGACGGUGGAGGAGCCCGAGGAGCCCAGCCGGAGGGGCAGCUUUGUGGAGAUGGUGGACAACCUGAGGGGCAAGUCCGGUCAGGGCUACUACGUGGAAAUGACCGUGGGCAGCCCCCCGCAGACGCUCAACAUCCUCGUGGACACAGGCAGCAGUAACUUUGCGGUGGGGGCUGCCCCCCACCCUUUCCUGCAUCGCUACUACCAGAGGCAGCUGUCCAGCACGUACCGGGACCUCCGGAAGGGCGUGUAUGUGCCCUACACCCAGGGCAAGUGGGAGGGGGAGCUGGGCACCGACCUGGUGAGCAUCCCCCACGGCCCCAACGUCACUGUGCGCGCCAACAUCGCUGCCAUCACGGAAUCAGACAAGUUCUUCAUCAAUGGCUCCAACUGGGAGGGCAUCCUGGGGCUGGCCUAUGCUGAGAUCGCCAGGCCCGAUGACUCCCUGGAGCCGUUCUUUGACUCCCUGGUAAAGCAGACCCACGUUCCCAACCUCUUCUCCCUGCAGCUCUGUGGCGCAGGCUUCCCGCUCAACCAGUCGGAAGUGCUAGCCUCAGUUGGAGGGAGCAUGAUCAUCGGGGGUAUCGACCACUCACUGUACACGGGCAGCCUCUGGUACACACCCAUCCGGCGGGAGUGGUACUACGAGGUCAUCAUUGUGCGGGUGGAGAUCAACGGGCAGGACCUGAAAAUGGACUGCAAGGAGUACAACUACGACAAGAGCAUCGUGGAUAGUGGCACCACCAACCUUCGUUUGCCCAAGAAAGUGUUUGAAGCUGCCGUCAAAUCCAUCAAGGCAGCCUCCUCGACGGAGAAGUUCCCGGAUGGGUUCUGGCUGGGGGAGCAGCUGGUGUGCUGGCAGGCAGGCACCACCCCUUGGAACAUUUUCCCGGUCAUCUCCCUCUACCUAAUGGGCGAGGUCACCAAUCAGUCCUUCCGCAUCACCAUCCUUCCACAGCAAUACCUACGGCCAGUGGAAGACGUGGCCACGUCCCAAGAUGACUGCUACAAGUUCGCCAUCUCACAGUCCUCCACGGGCACUGUGAUGGGAGCUGUGAUCAUGGAGGGCUUCUACGUCGUCUUUGAUCGGGCCCGAAAGCGAAUCGGCUUUGCUGUCAGUGCUUGUCACGUGCACGAUGAGUUCAGGACGGCGGCGGUGGAAGGCCCAUUUAUCACCCCGGACAUGGAAGACUGUGGCUACAACAUCCCACAGACAGACGAGUCGACCCUCAUGACCAUAGCCUACGUCAUGGCGGCCAUCUGCGCCCUCUUCAUGCUGCCGCUCUGCCUCAUGGUGUGCCAGUGGCGCUGCCUCCGCUGCCUGCGCCAUCAACACGAUGACUUUGCUGAUGACAUCUCCCUGCUGAAGUGAGGCGGCCCAGGGGCAGGAGACCGAGGUUUCCUUGGGCCGCAUCUGAUGGUUCACUUUGGUCACAAGUGGGAGACACUGAUGGCACUGGUGGCCAGAGCACCCCGAGACCCUCACCUACCCACCAGAUGCCUCUGCCUUGACAAAAAAGAAGGAAAAGCGGGCAAGGUGGGUUACAGGAGUGACACCUGUAGGAAACAUGAGACGGAAGAAAGAAGCACUCUGGUGGCAGGAAUACUCUUGGGCACCUCAGGCCUGAGUUGGGAAAUUCUGCUGCUUGACACUUCAGCCUUGAACCUUUGCCCACCGUCCCUUUGGAUUCUCCAACCCAAAGUAUUCUUCUUUUCUUAGUUCCAGAAGUAGCGGCAUCACAGCCACGUCACCCCAGUGUGUGUCUCUCUGCGGAGAAAGGGCCAAUGUCGUUUCCCUGCUGGCCCAAGUCAGUAGGAACGGAUGCACAGUUUGCUAUUUGCUUUAGUAAUAGGGACUGUAUAAACAAACCUAACAUUGGUACAAAGAUUGCCUCUUGAAUUAAACAAAAAAUAAUGAGACUGAAUAUUUGUACAGAUGGGGGCGGUUGGAAGAGGAGAGGAGAGGGAGCACAAAGACAGGGAACAGAGGGGAUUGGAGCUAGAAAAGGCAGAACCACGACCACUUGCCAGUCCCAGUUUCGGACGGCAUCUCCAAGAAAGAAGCCCAUCCUGGAAGAUGGGUGUUGCUGCCCAGUGUUUUCUUUUCUGUGGUUGGAGCCUGACCAAAAGUGAGUUGAGAAGAAGGGCUUACCUAGCCAAAAAGCUCUUUUUAACUCUCUUAAAUGAAAAGUGCCCACUAAGAAGUUCCAUCUGACAACUCAAUUUCUACCUGAAAGAUUGCACUUGUCUCUACCCAAACCCUUUGCCCCACACACGAUUCAUAACGCUGACAUUUCCCACCCCACCCCCAGCGCCCUAGGAGGAAGCAACUGGAACACAGCAAAUAGAGCAGGGCUGGGCUCUGUCCUCCUGCUUAGGUGUUCAUUCCCUGCCCCAAAUCCCUAUUCCUCUGCAGCUCUGCAGCUGAGGUGCCGAGAGGGAUAGACAGGAGACCUCUCUAAUUUAACCCUCACAGGCAAAAUCUACCAGAUUCACUCAAUAGGUACAAGUACCCCUGUGCCUCUGCCCGGAUCUCUUCCUGUUCAGUUGAGCAUAGCAGUAAGAUCUCCUCACGACACAGAGCUGUUUCAUCACCUUCUCCCCAUCUCCGAUGUCACCUCCAUUACCUUGGCACCCCACAGUGGCACUAGUAUUAUACCCAGUGUCCGGACCGCGGGGCUUUCUGGCUCUACCAUCAUUGCCUUCGGUAACAAGGCUGCUGGAGAAAGGCUGGCAGCCCCAGGGCUUCCGUACUUCCUUCACCUCCAGAGCCCCUCAGGGGAGGCCACCCUUCUCCCCUAUUCUACUCUCUACUCCCCACUCCAAAUAGUACUUGUCUACCCAGGCUGGUUCUUGGGCUAGGUAGUGGGGACCAAGUUCAUUUCCUCCCCAUCAGUUCUAACACAGUCAACUCUGAUACCAGUGUUAGUGGAAGACGUGAUUCUCCUAGUAGACCCACCGGGUACUGUUGCUAACACAGGAGUCAACACACUGCUUCCAGGUAUGGGACCUGCCUGCCGAGUGUGGAAUUACCUGAUGAGGGAAAGGGAAAUACAGGAGGGCCUCUGGAGAUCCUGGCUUCGGCCAGCUGCCCACAAGCCAUAAACCAAUAAAAAAAGAAUACUGAAUCACAGUUCUUUAUCUGGGUUCUCUUCAUUCCCCUUGCUCUUGGUGCUGCUUUGGACAACUGGGAACACCCCCCUCCUAACCACAAAGACUGUCAGGAAGACUGGAGACUGUUUCUAGCUCGGAACUUCCGUGUAAAUAAAACUUCCAGAAUUGCUACCAUGUAAUGAAAACGUCACAUUCUGCUUUAUAAUUUCUUUCCAUGUUGGGGAAAGCUGGCUUUUUCCCAGCUCUUUCCAGGGCAUAAAACUCAACCCCUUCAUUAGUAAGUCCCACUAUCCUAUUUUUUUUUUUAACUUGUACGUACUUUUCUUUUUACAGUUGCUUCUUUUCUAUCCUGAAACUAUUAAGUCUAAGUAUAUAUAUA